GAUAAAAAAUAAAUAUAUACAACAAACAAACAAAAUGAAAUAUAGAGAGGUAAGUUUCAAUCUGAAUUCUCCAUUCCCAACUCAAAGUUCUGGUUCAAUGUUAUUAGCAACAUAGAUUCUUUACUGGCUUCAGAUCCAAUCUACAGCUAGCAUAGCAAGGAAACGAUUGCUUUUCGAGUUUCCAAGUUCAGAUCUAGAGUUGUGACAAGUCAGGUUGGAAAAUAGAUUAAGAACUUCCAUUUUCAGAGAUGCAUUGCUCUAUGCAAGGUUCUAAUGGCUGAGACGGAAUUGACCAAAACAAAUAUGGAUGGUUAUAAUAGCAAGAGAAACAGGAGUACCAAAGUGUUUGAUCCAGCAAUUUCUACAUUUUUUGUGCAGCUGCCUCACAAACUUCAUGAUAGUCUUAAGGCACGACUUAAGAGGUUGGCAAAAGAUAAUGAAGGAGUAAACUUGAUGAACUCUGUCUUGAGAAUGGGGAAGGAAUGGUCAUCUACAACCGUAGAGAUUGAUUUGGAGAGACAAUUGCAAGCUUGGAGAGAAAAUCCUUCAUGGGUUGAUCAACCUCCAGAAGUUAAGGUUAGUGUUCCAAAAGGUUCUCUUUGUAACCUCAAUGCAAAGGUCAAUGUUGGAUUGCCCCCAGAUGCUGUAUAUAAUAUUGUGACUGAUCCAGAUAAUAAGAGGGUUUUCAAGAAUAUUAAGGAGGUUAUAUCCAGAAAUGUUUUGGUUGAUGAGGGGCACAGACAGGUGGUUGAAUUGGAACAAGCAGCUAUAUGGAAAUUCCUUUGGUGGUCAGGGACCAUUGCAGUUCACGUUUUGGUGGAGCAGAACAGGAAAGAUCACUCAAUGAAGUUUAAGCAACUGAAAACAGGGUUCAUGAAAAAAUUUGAAGGCUGUUGGAGAGUAGAACCUUUAUUUGUGGAUGAAAAACUGUGCAGUCCAUUUAAGCCUAAAACAUGGGCAGACUAUAAUUCAUGUACAGGAGGGAAAGGAAGAAUCGCAUCAAGAGUGAGCUUGGAGCAACUGAUUCAGCCUGCCAUUGUUCCACCUCCUCCCAUUUCGUGGUAUCUGAGGGGAAUUACCGCCAAGACCACUGAGAUGCUGAUACAAGAUCUGCUUGUAGAAGCUGCCAGAAUUAGGGAAGGUCACGACACCGAAAGCUCCAUUGAAAAGCUUCAAAUAUGCCGGGGAGUAAAUUAUGUCGGGCAAAUUGAUCAAAUAUCCGAUAUUAAAGAAAGAUGGGCACUUCGCAGGAGAAAUGCAAAGCAACAUCAUAAAAGGUGGUAAGAGUGAUGAAUGAGAAUAAUUUAAUUAGUUUCCAUUCUUAGAUCUCAUCUAUAUUUUAUUGUAUUUUAUACAAACAUCCAUUUCCAAUGAUACCAAUGUUCUUAAUAAUAAGUCUGUUGUUACACUUCACA